CCCAAAACCACAAUGAGUACCUUCACCCAUUCCACCUUCACCCUUUCCACUUUCCUUCUCUUGGCUCUUCUUCUUCUUCACUCCACCAAUGCAGCCGUUUUCAAUAUCCGAAACAAUUGUCGACGCACCAUUUGGGCCGGUGCGGUGCCUGGUGGCGGCCGACAACUUAACUCGGGCCAAACCUGGUCUUUAACCGUUGCAGCCGGCACAGCAGGAGCCCGUAUAUGGCCCCGAACCGGUUGCAACUUUGAUGGCUCAGGGCGUGGCAGGUGUCAGACCGGUGAUUGCAAUGGACUCCUCCAAUGCCAAGGCUAUGGUACACCACCCAACACAUUAGCCGAGUACGCUCUGAAUCAGUACAACAAUCUUGAUUUCUUUGACAUUUCUCUUGUGGAUGGAUUCAAUGUGCCGAUGGUGUUUAGACCCAACUCUAAUGGGUGCACCCGUGGUAUCUCAUGUACCGCAGAUAUCAAUGGCCAGUGCCCUGCUGAGUUACGGGCUCCCGAUGGGUGCAAUAACCCUUGCACCGUGUACAGAACUGAUCAGUAUUGUUGCAACUCUGGAAACUGUGGACCAACUGAUUUAUCAAGGUUUUUCAAGACCAGAUGUCCUGAUGCAUAUAGUUAUCCUAAGGAUGAUCCAAGUAGCACAUUUACGUGCCCCGGUGGAACCAACUAUGACGUUAUAUUCUGCCCUUAAUAUAUAAAUGAUGUAGUAAUAUGAAGUGAAUAAGUAAUUAAGGAGCUUCUUCCUUGAUUCUAUAUAUUGUAAUGUUAUUUGUAAUACAGUAAUGUCCUCUUUUAUCCAUAUAAUUAGAUUAUUACUGAUAUGUGUAUCUAAAGGG